AUGUCCAUGACCAUGCAACCGGCGUUGGACACCAAUGGUCUCUUUCAGCCCUCAGCUUUGCAAUCCUGGACCCAGUUCCUAGACCUAUUCGAAGGUCACAUAUUCGACAGUCUUCAAGUUCCUCACCUUUCUAAACGAAGCGAUCAUCCACCGUCUCAGCUUGGGUGUACAACCUCACCAGACGGGACGAACGGACUUUCAUUGGCCCGAGAUUAUGGGCAUCGGCCCCGUAUGCCAAGUCUUCGCGAAGUACGCGCACUGAACACGUCAGCUCAGACAGCGGUGUGCAGUCUUGUGUGUGAGAACAGCGAGCAGUUGGAAGAGUGCCUGAACAUGGUUAGCCAACUUACGUCGCUUUGCUCGAAUUUUCUCGUUACACAGAUGGAGGUUGCAGGCAUUUCGUCUGCUGUGGCCGAGUACCUAGUGUGGGUGCACAAGGGCCCUCAGGUGCCGCUUAGAGGAGCUACAUUGGGCACAAGUAGUGCAGAAAUAUUGGAAAUCCUGGAGGCACGGGUCCGCGAGCUUCAGAGCAUGGCCGAAACAUCACAUCAAGCGGGUUGGGCACGGAUGUUGAAGACGCUUGAGAGCCGACACUCGGCCAUGCAACUCGAUGCUUUGGAGGAAAUGCUACCAGUGCAGAUGGAAAAAAGGCAGCGACUGUUCCAAGAGAACUACGAGAUCGAUAAGAACUUACCCGAACAACUUACUGCAUGUCAGGAAGAUGACUAG